CUGUGGUUGUUUGUUCUUAAUUCUUAGGUUAUUGAUUAUAAACAAAAUAAUUUGUACAUGUCUAGAAAUAAUAUUUAAAACAAGGUUAACUGGUAUGAAUUAAUGAUUACAAAAAUGUCGCUUGAGAAGUCUAACUGCAGACGGUUACUAAAGGAAGAUCUAGACAAACCUUGCAAGGAAUUAGCUAUGUAUUUGCUAGGAAAAAUUUUGGUUCGGAAACUAGAAGAUGACAAAAUUUUAAAGGGUCGAAUUGUAGAAACUGAGAGCUACUUGGGUGGGGAAGAUAAGGGAUCACAUUCGUACAGUGGCAGACGUACUCAAGCAAAUGAACCAAUGUAUAUGCCUGCUGGUACGGCAUAUGUUUAUAUGACUUAUGGUAUGUACCAUUGCUUUAAUAUAUCGAGUAAAGAACCAGGUGCGGCAGUUUUGUUAAGAGCACUAGAACCCAUCUCUGGUAUAGAAACUAUGCAAAAAUUCAGGGUUCGAAAAGUGAAAAGUAUUCAGAAUGAAAUAAAAACUACAAAACUAUGUGAUGGUCCAUCAAAACUGUGCAUUUCGAUGAAUAUUACUAAACAGAAUUUGAACAAAAUAGAUCUAACAGACCUAAAAAAUGACAAAAUGUGGUUAGAAGAUGAUCCUGAUAUCGAUAAAGAAAUAAGAAUUGUUCACACUUCGCGGAUAGGAAUUGCCUCGGCAGGAGUGGAAUGGACAAUUAAACCGUUAAGAUUUUAUAUUUUAAAUAAUGAUAGCAUAAGCAAAAGGGAUAAAGCUGCUGAAGAAGAGUUAGAUUUUGAUAUACAUUGAUCUCUGUUGUAUUAU